AUGGGGCUGCUGUCCGUACCGUUGAAGAAACCCUCCGAUGUGGAUAUAGCGAAACCGCUGAAAACGCUAGUCCAGAGCAACUAUCGUAAUCUGGCGACGGAACAGCUGAACGUAAUCAAUGAAGCAAUUUCGGAGCUCAAUCAGCUACGUAAUACCGCCGUGUGGAAGGUGUUCGACAAGCUGGACGCGGGUCUGGAGAUAAACUAUCGCUACUACGACCAGCUAACUGCGCUGGAAACGAAAAUUCCGGUGCAGGAGCUGCAGGUGCCAUUUAAAUGGAAGGAUGCAUUCGACAAAGGAUCGAUUUUCGGUGGACGCAUUAGCUUAACGCUUACAUCGCUUGCGUAUGAAAGGACAUGCGUACUUUUUAACCUCGCAGCUCUACAGAGUGCGGUGGCAAGCAACCAAAGUGUUGAUACCGACGAAGGAUUGAAGCAGGCGGCGAAACUCUUUCAACAGAGUGCAUCGAUAUUUACCUUCCUAAAGACGCUUGCUUCCGCUACAAUUCAGGGCGAACCGACGCCCGAUCUGUCGCAGGACAGCCUGAACGCACUCAGCAAUCUAAUGCUGGCCCAGGCCCAGGAAAUAUUUGUCAUCAAAGCGAUUAAAGACAAUAUGAAAAAUUUGGUAGUGGCAAAACUGUGCGCCCAGUGCGAGGAACUCUACUCAGAGGCACUGCGCUCUAUGCAGCGUGACAGUGUGAGAGCACUGUGGGAUAAGGAAUGGAUACCGCAGGUCGCCGGUCGCCAGGCCGCAAUGCACGCCUUGACCAUGCUUUAUCACAGUAAAGUCUCGCAAGCGAACAAAGCCUUCGGAGAGGAAAUAAGCCGACUGCAGAAAGCGGUAGAGCUGUUCAAGACGGCCCAGUCCCGUUCCUCCAAUCCGACACUCUUCCAAGAGUAUGCGAACAGUGCGCAGAAGAGCCUGGCCAACGCAAAGAAGGAUAACGACUUCAUCUACAACGAAUCCAUACCGGACGUGAACAAUCUGCCCAGCCCGGGUAAAGCACAGCUGGCGAAGAUUCUUCCGAUGGCGACGCAUUUGAGCGACGACUUUAGGGAUCUCUUUACUGCACUCGUUCCGGUGGCGGUCAAUCAGGCACUGGCCGCCUGCGAAGGUCGAAAGUCGGAGUUGGUAAACGGAGAGAUUAUGCGUCUGCGAGAAGCGACCACAGCCCUAAACGGAUUGCUGUCGAGCUUGAAUCUGCCGGCCAUCGUCGAAGUGACGGCAUCCGGGGACAGUUUGCCACCGUCCUUGCAGGAAAAAGCGGGUGCGGUCCGAGAGAAGGGUGGCAUCGCGCAACUGAAGGAUUUGAUCGAACGAUUGCCAGAAUUGUUUACGCGCAACAAAGAAAUACUUGAUGAGGCCUUCCGAAUGAUGGAUGAAGAACGCGACUCGGAUAAUCAACUGCGUGCGCAGUUUAAGGAUCGUUGGACGCGCACUCCUUCGGAUAAGCUGGCCGCAACGUUCCGUGCGAACGGGGAAAAGUAUCGUACGAUCAUCAACAAUGCAACGGCGGCGGAUAAGGUGAUCCGGGAGAAAUUUGCCACCCACAGGCACGGGCUCGAGUUACUCUCAAUGGCGACGGAACAGCUAGCGAAGGAGAUCCCAUCGGCAGGUGCAGGCGGCAACAGCCAAGCGUCCAACUCGUCCGCCGCUCAGGCACUCCGUUCGCUGAUGGAGACGGUCGAAACGAUGAAAGCCGAACGGGAGUGCAUCGAAUCGGAGCUGAAAACGCUUACGAUUGACCUGAAGGACCGUUUCCUGGGAGCCCUCGCUACCGAGGGUGUUAUUAACGAACCGGCCAUCUCGCUGUCCGAGAUUGGGAAGCUGAUCGGUCCGCUACAGGAACAAGUGGGCGAAACGCUCGCCCGCCAGCAGGUCAUUUCGACGGAAAUUCGUGAAGCUCACGAACGAUUCGUGUCGGAAUCGGGCGUAUCGACUGAUCAGCGCGAUCGAACGCUAUCCGAACUGGCGGCGGCCUACGAUGUGUUCACUGAGCUGCAGGGCUACCUCCAGGAAGGCGAAACGUUCUACAACGGGCUGACGGAGAUUCUGCUCGUCUUCCAGAGCAAAAUCAGUGAUUAUUGUUUCGCACGCAAAACCGAAAAGGAGGAACUGAUGAAAGAUCUGACACACGAAUCCAGUCGCCAGGCAUCAGUUGCGGUAACACCGAUCAUUCCGACGCAUCACACGUCUACUACGGCGACGAACGAAUCGGGCAGCAGUGCCGCAACUGCUCCGAUAGCGGCCAGCUCGGCCCCGGCACCCUAUCCUCAGCAAAUGCAAGGUAUCCCGAUGGCAGCUACCUACGGUGGAAACAUGGCACCGAUGUCUGGGUUUACAGGAUACGCGCCACCACCGAUGCCGCAAGGUUUCAAUCCCUACGGAACACUACCUUAUCCGUCGGCCUACACUGGUUUUCCGCCCUCAUCGAUGGUGCCACCACCGUAUUAUGGAACGUAUCCGGGAGCGUACGGUGCCCAGCAUCAGCAGCAACCGCCCCAGGGUGCUCCCGGUGCCCCCAACCCCAACAACCCAAUGGGAUGGUAG